AUGACUUAGAAUCAUUUGAAAAUAGGGGAUUGUAUCCUUCUAUUUACCGAACAAAACUCAGGUUUUGUUGCUUCAAUUGGGUUUAACCACCAAGCAGUAUUCGUUUAGAAAUGUGAUCCAUCACAACUCUAGCAUACUCCAAAUGUCAGAAACAUGGCGUUCAAGCUCAUCCCUCGACUCUCUUACGAUGCCACAAGAGAAUACGAAUAGACUAAGAAAUAGUACGAUGCUCUUACUGUUCAAAAGCCAUCAGUAGAGGAUGGACACAUGUAUGAGAAGGGUGUCAAAGGUGUUCAAAGACAGGAAACAUUGCAUGAUAAAGCUGCUCUUAUGAGGAAUUUACAAGUGCAGAAGAUUAGAAUGACUCAAGAGCAGGAGUUCAAUAUGAGACUCAUAAAGAUUAGACAUGGCGACUCAGUACUCUACGGAAGUGAGAUUCAGCUUAUGCACUGUGACUCUAGAGCAUUCCUUCAAGUUUCAAAGCAAACAGCAGAUUAUGACAAAGAAUGCAGUAAAGUUGAACUAACAACGAAUCCUUCUUCAAGCAGAGCAGUCUUCGAAAUAUACCCCAGAUACAAAUACAGACAGCCGGGUGAAAAGAUCAUUUUCCAAGACUAAAUUCUGGUGUACAACUCUAAGUUCCAUUCAUACCUGCAUUUCUCAGGAGAUCUAGACUUGCCACAAGAGGAAAAUACCGAUAUACCAUCAUCCUACAGACCUAAGAGUCCUUUUCGCAGGUUGAAUCCUGAGGCUCUUUAUUAAAGAUUUGAAGUAAACAUCAGUCCGAUUUACAAAAAGUGGUAAAUUCUGCCAUACAGAUCAAUCGCUAAGCCAAAGGAGUCUUUCUUGAUACACGGUGGCGAUGUAGUCAGGCUAAAGCAUGCAGAGAGCGGCGGUUACAUCUGUGUAGACGAUGAAUUCAAGGCACCGAAUGGGGAGAGAAAAGCAUACAUCAGAAUCUUUAAGGGUGACGAAGACCUAGAGCAACUUAGUACCAAUUCCCUGUUUGAAAUUGAACUGGAUUCUGAAACAACUGAGGAGAGAGGUCAGCUAGCUGUUUGGUAGAAUGAGAAAGAAAAGGUACCAGCCAAAAUGAGAUUCAGACACUUGAACAGCGGCAGAGUACUUUAAAUCAAAUCUAUGAAUAUAGGAGGCAAAGAAAUGCACUAUAUGAUACUAGCAAAAGUUUACCCUUCAUAAGAUGAGGAUCAAAAUCAUGACUUUAUCAAGAUGGAAGAUCAGCUAGACGAUAAUGCCAAAGAAUUGCUUGUAAAUAAGACAUUUUUUAGUUUGGAAUCAUCAGGCCAUGAAACUGAGAACCUUAUAAAGUGUGACAGUGUGGUAAAGAUAAAGAGUGCCGAUCUUGGAUAUUAUAUUAACUCAGUUAAAAUCAAGACUUAACAGGAUGAGGAGAACAAUUAAGACGAUGCUCCUGGGUCAGAUGAAGAUGAAGGCGAUGUUGUGGUCGAUGAUGAAUUCCUAGAGAGAAACUCUCUUGAGGAAGAGAUGAGUCUGAUCGAGAAUGACAACCACCUUGAUGCUAAGAUCUUUACCCCAAUGAAUAAAGACGAGUUCAACAAUGUGAUCAUUCAAAAAAUAGUUCUUAAGAAAAUCUCGAGAGAAGAUGAUGUGUUCAUUAUAAAAAAGAGUCAUCACAAGGAGAUUGAGGAUGUGCUUUUCAUUCAUUCUUGUGUGCCCACCAUUAAGUAGUUCAUAACCCAAAUCAGAAGAAAGCAGAUAGAUAAAUUUACUCUUCCAUACUUCUCAUCCUUUGAAAAGACCCUCGAAAACCUAAUAUUCUUUGUAACUGAAACUGAGAGCAAGGAUGCUUUCACUUGUGAGGGUAUUCCAUACAAGGACAGACAAAAGUAUCUUAGAGAGAUCAGAGUGAUUGACAUCCUGGUUGACAUACUGCACUACCCAUUCCAUGAGAAGCUUUACAAUAUUCUAGACUUGACUCAGAGACACCCAAUCACUAGAAUCUGUAAACUAGUCUACAGACUUCUCAAACAUGCAGUUAAGGACAACACCAUGAACAAAUUCUAUGUAGCACAAUACAUCGAACUCUACUUUAACCAAGCUAUGACGACCACUGAGCAGAAUAAUUUCUAGGCUGAGAACACAAUCACUGAGUUACUGAGGAACAAUAAAGUAUUGCUAGAUAAGCAAAUCUCUAAGGAAACUAUCCAGAACUUCAUAGACUUGUGCAAGCUGCAAAAGAAAAAUGAAAGAUUCUUGAACCUACUAUCUACUCUCUGCUCUUGUAAUGGAGAUGCAGUAGCAAGUAACCAGGAUGAUACUUGUGAAAUUCUGCUUCAAGAUGAGGACAACAGAGAGAAUCUUGUCCUCAAGAUGAUCACUGUAGAUAGCAGCCAUGAGAUCAUUCUUAAAGAGCAUGAUGUCGAUGGAAAAACUUUAUGGAUAAAGGUAGAAGAUUUAUUUGAAUUUUCAGGCAAAAGAGACGAAUAUAGAAUAUUCAACUAUUUCAAGGCAUUAAUUAAUCUAUCAGCCGAGAUAUGUCUGCAGAGAAACUACAAAGGCAUCUUGCUUUUAGAAAAGAUGUACAACAGCAAGCAAGUCCUUUACUGUGCACUCUCAACUAGCAUUCCACUUAAGCUUAGGUCUAAGUUUGCAAAGCUUCUGCUUCACUUGCACAUUGAUAAAGAUCCCUUGGAAAAUAUAACAAUACCAGUCUUGACUCGAGUUUGGCACGAGAUAUCUCAGAGCAAGACUCAGCUGCCUCAGUCAAAAGUCAGAAUCACUGAUGAACUCCUUCAGUUAAAGCCCUUCGUGACUAAGUUCUUCGUUCAGCAAAAUGGUAUCUCCAGAGCCUAUGAAAUUGACUUCAACAACUAUGUGCUAGAAGUACUAGGUAUUGUGUUUGGAAUGCUUAAACUUGGUUUUUACGAGAAUGAAGAGGAGUUGAUUGAAAUGAUUGAUCCCUUGAUCACACUGCUCGAUGGAAGUUUGGAUUUUAUCACAAAGGAAGAUGAGUAGAUCUACAGAACCCAGACUUAGGAUUAAGGCAAUGAUAAUCCAGGGAAAAGUAUGGCUGAGAAAGAUGGUGAAGAUGGAAAUAAGAGAUACAAAACUAAUGAGACCAAUCUUUUACUUAUGAUGAUCAAGAAUUCCAUCAUCAAUGUACUUUCAAAGGUCCUCGAUAUGUAGAAUGACAUUAGGCUAACACAGUUCUUGAUUGAGUUUUACAAGAAUAAUCCAAAGGACACCUCAGCUCAAACUAAUUUUAUACAAAAAGUUCUCAAGGGCAAGCACAAAGACGAGAAGGUUACUAAGGAUGAGAAAUUUGUUGAGAUUAAGAAUGCCAACGAUUAAUUAGUAAUUGAUUGGAUGAAUAAAGCCUUCGAGGAUAAGAUGCUUGAUUUAGAGAGAAUAUCUGCCAGAGAUUUCGUUUGCAUUUUGCUCGACCUUAUUCUAUAUCAGAAUCCAGACCUUGUAAACAAUGCUUUCAAACUUUUGGUCAAAUUCUUCUCCUAGAAGAGAUCUAUCAUCGAGCUGGCAACAGAGGUUCAGUUGCUUGAAGAUGACUAAGAGAUAGCCAUUCUUAAAACAGUGUCAGUCGAGUUAACAGAAAUGAAAAAGGACGCUGAAAAUGCAGAGUUUUGGUUUGGUUAUGCUUCACAAGAUGCACUUAAGAAGUCAAGAAACAUCAUAGAUAAGUUUGACAUGCUCACUGAUCUAUGUAUUAAGAAACAGGAAAGAGUGUAUGACUUCUAAGAUAUCAACAAACUUAAUUAGUCUAUUCAGAAGUAAGAAUCGAGAGUGAGCCCUAAAAAGAGUGCUAGAAGGAAAUCUAGAAAUGUUCAGCACAUAAACAAAGAAGAAUUAAUCUAAAAGGAUAACGGUACUACUCUUGGAGCUGUGAUGAAUGCCACUAAUGAGUCAGGCAGCUCCUCAAUGCUAAAAGAUUUAAAUCUCUCAGAAUUAGUAAAUGAGUGGGAUGAUGACGAUCUCAAGGUCAUAUAAGAAACAGAUGAAGCUGAUCCCUAGAACUAAAGACUCCUCAGAAACCUUAGAGCUCAUGAAGUUGCCCUAAUUUUGAUUAAGCAAUAGGACUUGUCGAACGCUGAGAAUCAAAACUCCUAUCUUCAUGUGCUUGAAAGAGUUUAUAUAUUCCUUAUCAAGUUUACCAAGAAUAACAGAGAAAAUCAAUAGAUUCUAAUGCCUCACAUUGACUUGUUCCUCCAAGAUAUUGAAUUUGGAGUCCAUGCUAUUGAACUAAUUGCAGAGAUAUUCAGAGACAAUGAGAGUCUGCCUGGAUACAACAUUAACCAGAUAGUCAAAAAAAUCUGCUCUCUUGCUGACGAAUAAUACAUUGAAUCUCCUAAGAAGGCAACACUAAUCAGCUUCCUUUAAGGAUUCAUGAAAACUAAUAGCUUGCUAUUGAAGGAUAACUAGUCUUUGAUCCUGAAUGAAGUCACAAACUCCUAGAGAAAGAACACCUUCUACCUGUUUACUGGUAAUGAAGGGCUAGAAACGUAUGAGCUCUACAUGGAAGAAAUGAAAAAGCACUAUGCUUAGUUCAUGCUAGACUAGAAACUAGUUCCAGAGAUUUUCGUGCCAAAUGAACUUUAAUACACCAUUGAAUAUAUCAAACUGUUGUCUGUUUGCGGAGAGGGUAAGAACUCAAUGACUGAACUAAAAUGUCAAAGUCUAUUCCCCAUUUAGGAAAUUGUCUAAAACCUAAAGAUAUCAGAGUUCUGCUACCCUUAUAAAUCCUCAUUAGUUGAUUUCACUCUGCAUAUUUAUCUUAGUACUGAAAAAGACUAGGGAGAUGAGUAUGUCGUAUUCAUCUGGUAGAUCAUAGAAUUAUUCCAUGAAGACAUUGUGAAAUUCAUUGAGGUAAUGACAAGACAUUCCAAGCAUAAGACCAAGACCAUUGAAAACGAAAGAAGAGCAGUCAACAACAAGAAAUCCCUUGUUCAGGGAGAGAUUGAUAAGCUAACUGCUGUUGAUAUACAUAAGAAUUUUAAGCUUCAUAACUGCUUUGGUUCUAUCACAAUCAUAGAGUUGUUCCAAAAGUACAUCUAUGAGUCUCUGGUCCCUGCCUUGAAUGAGUUCUUCGAACUGAGAAUGAAGAUGAAUGAGCAUCAAGUGGCUCUGGUCCGCAAAAUUAUUAGGCACUUUUAGAAGCUGUCUCAUUAUGCCAGAUCCAAGGUCCACGUUAGAAAUGUCAAUAAUAUCUUCAAGACCCUUUGGAAAAUUCCACAGCUAAAAGAACUAUCUGAGGGAGUGCAAAAUAUGGCUUAGAACUAGGACAAAAAGAAAGGAGCUGACGGCAAAGCUACUAAAAAAGGAAGUAAGGAGGACAACGAUGACAAAAAAUAACUAACUAAUGCUGAAAAACUUAAAGCUAUGAUGAUAUCAGCUGGAGACUCUCAGGAGUUGAUUGAAGAAUUCGAGAAGGAAUUCCAACAACUUAUCCUCUCCAUUAUAUUUAUCAAGAAGAAAUCAGAAAUCGGUUUUGAAGGCAAAAAUACUUUGGAGCCUAAGGACAUUUUGAAAUCACUGAUAGGCAUAACUGAUAUAAAUUCAAGUAUUGAAAAAGAUCUGAGGAAAGUCUCUUUGAAGAUCCUGAGAAAGACUAUUGAGUUGGAAAAUAAGGAAUUGACGACACCUGCAGCUUAGUGGGAGUCAGAGGAUUGGAUGAAAUAUGAGUAUCAGAUUAAUGAACGCUAAGGCAUGCUCACCAGUCUAGGGGUAGUGAAACUCAUUUGCAGGAUUAUUUCGUAUGAAUCCUCUAGAAGCAUCAGAGAAGAGGCUAUCUUAGUGGCUAUCGCAGUUCUUCUUGGAGGAAACCACAAAUCUUAACAAAAAUUCUAUAAAUACAUUUAGAAAGACACGGAGAAUCUGUUUGCAGAGAAAGUUAAUGAUCUCAUGUUUUAAUGCUUCGAAGUCAUUAAAAAGUCUGAAAUCAAGAGAAAUGCUCAAAUGCUUAAGCUAUAUCAGGUUUAAAAGAAAAUUGAGGAGUUAAGAGAAAUACUCGAUGUUGAUGGCCAAGAAAUUAAAAAAUUAGAAUAACAGCUCAGCAUUCUUAAAGAUGAGAUCAAAGACUCGGAAUCAGUUAAUCAAUCAGCUAAAGACGCAGAAACUCUUUCACCGCAAAGAGCUAUCUACAUGCUGUAAAUUCUAUUGAGAUUCCUACAGUUGCUUUGCGAGAACCAUAAUAUCAACCUUUAAAAUGCUUUAAGAGAGCAGCUAAAUAUUGAAGGCAAUCCUAAUGGCAAAACCUUCGAUUUGGUUACAUAGAUGGCAAAACUAUUCGGUUAAUACUCUAAGAUUCUCAAUACUGUAACAGUCGAAUUAGGUUAUCAGAUUGUGGAUUGCUUGAUUGAGUUCAUCUAGGGUCCUUGCCACAAAAACUAAAAAGCCUUGAUCUCGGCCAAGAUUAUAGACUCAAGUAGAGAUUAUAUCGCAGGAUUUGAUAAAGAGGUCGAAUACAUCCCUCUUGGAUUCUCAAGCGACCCAGAGGACCAGGAGCAGAUAAGUGUCUUCAAAAAGAAAAUAGUCACACUUUUGCUCUCUCUCUUAGAAGGAGAGACAGAUAUUGAUAUUAUAACAAGAAUGACUCUAUCUUUGGAUUUUGGAGUUAUGAAAGAGAGAAUGUUGGUAGUUUUCACUGCUUUUUGCCAAAAAAUGCUCAAAGACGAUUUUAGCACAGUAGCAGAACUUUCAGUCAGUCAUCUUGAAAACAAACUCUAAAAGGAUAGCUUUGAAGAGAGUAUCACUGAGGCUUUUGAAAUAUUUACCCUAUUCCAUAACUUAGCUGAAAAUCUUGAAUCAGCUAAGUCUCAUCUAGACCGUAAGAAGUUUAGCAAUGACGAAUGGAAAGCUUACGACUUCAUCAGAUCGCACACUGGCAGAAUUGAAAUAGGUGUUAAUUCGAAUCUCCAGAGAGUCUAUUUCCCUAUCAUUCCAGUCUGUCAUUAUAUUUCUAAAGAAAGCAGAAAAACCUUAAUGACUAAUGUCAACAGAGAGUCUUAAGCCUCUAAAGUUAAUGGCUUAAUGAAUGCUUGCCCAGACUUGAUUGAUGAAAUGAUUCACAACGAGGCUCUUAAUAGAGCUAAGAUCAAGAUUACUCCACAAAGAUUGGCUGUGCUUAAAGAUUUUUCAACCCUAAUGGCAGUUAUUAUCAAUCUAAUACUGGUUAUAUUUUUGGAGAGAUAUGAUAAUUACAAGAUUCCAUUUUCCCCAUCUUGGGUGACUAGUUUUAUCUACUAUGCUGGUAUUGUUUAGGGACUUUCCAGUGGCAUUUUGAUUUUCUUCUUUGCAUUCACUAGAGGAGGUCUGAUUACUAAAGCUAGAUGGAGAGAGUACAUAAAGAAUAACAGAGGAAGAUUCAAAACAUUCAGUAAUGAAGAUAGACUAGAUGUUACUGAAAUGAGUAUCGAGAUGACUACAGUAAUUCUUAUGACAAAGGGACCAGAAGCUCCUGAGUUCAAUUUGGGAGAUAACCUUCAAUUUGGAAAUGCAUUUACAAGGCUACAGUAUUAUUUGUUCAAUGUAUGCUUCUUCUUCCAAGAUGGUACCUUCCAAUAUUAUGUGCUGUAUUUCAUGAUUUCCCUGCUUGGUCUAUUCUACUUGGAUAUCUACUAUGCUUUCCAUCUUCUAGAUUUUAUUACAAGACUUCCAGUAUUGUAGAACGUUAUUAAGUCAGUUACAAUGAAUUCUACCUAAUUACUCAUGACAGGUCUGCUUCAAUUGUGUAUCAUCUUUAUUUACACUACAAUUGGUUUCUUCUAUUUGCAAGAUACAUUUGUCGACUAUAACGUGGACAAAUAUGAUAAUGACAAUAUCGGUGAAAACAUGUGUGGAAACAUGCUUUAAUGCUUUGUCACUUGCGUUAAUUUAGGUCUAAGAAACGGAGGAGGUAUAGGUGAUUCCACAAUGCCUAUUGGUUACAUCGAUCCAGAGAGAUGGUUCAUUAAGUUCAUUUAUGAUUGUACAUUCCAUUUGACAGUUAUCGUUAUGAUGCUUAACAUUCUUUUUGGUAUUAUCAUUGAUACAUUUGCCCAGCUGAGAGACAACAAGAAGCAGAUGGAUGAGGAUAUGCAGAAUAUAUGCUUUAUUUGCAGUCUUGAUAGAUAUACUUUUGAUAAAUAUUCUGAUGGUUUCGAGAGACAUAUUGAGAGAGAUCACAAUCUAUGGCAGUAUGUGUACUACAUUGUCUACUUGCAAAUGAAGGAUCCUACUGAGUACACUGGUAUUGAAUCUUAUGUUUUUGAGAAGUACGAUUCAGGAGAUAUUAGUUGGGUGCCUCUGAUGAAGGCUCUUUGUCUUAAGGGCAAAUUAGAAAGUGAAUGA